UCAUUAAGUUGUAACUAAUAGAAUAGGGCUUCCAUUCCCCACGAAUACAGCUUCUGCCUUCUGGUUCUGGUUUGUACGACCCGCCGCCAGCGACCUCUUCCCACCGGACCACGUCGCCGGCACGUAUUCCCAGUUUUUUCCGCGCCUGAGCACCAUCUGCUAGAGCAGCUCGAGUUUUCCGCGCUUGAGCACCUUCUGCCUCUUUCGACUUUUUCUCCUUUCCCGAGCACCACGACCAGUCCUGCUCAUUCUCCGGCAACACUGAUUUUUGUAAUUAUUUUCCAAGAAUUGAUUUUGGGAUUGAUUUAUGUUAUUUGGUAUUGUUAGGAGUUAGGACCAGUAGUGUAUUUGGGGCAUUAGCAUUACUUUUUUGCAAUUUGUAUAGAUAAUGUGUCUUCUUCAGUGUGCAUAAUAGAACUUAGGGAUGCAUUACUUUUUCCAAAUGAGUAUGGUUCUUCUUUCAUUCGUUUUUUAGUUUCGGCUCAUGUCCCUGUUUUUUAACUCGUGGUUGUUGCUGACUUGCUGUAAUAUGUGCCUUACUGUUUUAUUCAAUCUCAACUUAUACGAGCGGCUCUUGCUUCUACAGCUUUUCUUCAGGUUGAAAAAUUAAAAAGGUGUAAGAAUGUUGAAAGAGAAGCGGGAGCGAUUGGCCAUCUCUACAGAUGUAUCCAAGGUUGAUCGAAUUAGCGUGCUACCGAAAGAAGUAUUAGGGUUGAUAUUGUCUUUGUUGACGGCCAAGGAAGCUACUGCAACUAGCAUACUUUGUAGUUCAUGGAGAUACUUGUGGGUCUUAACUUGUAAGACGACGAUGGAUUUUGAUGGCACACAAUCAGUACGUAAGAUUAUUAGAUUUAUGGAAAAUUUUGGAUUCACGGAUCCAUCAGUGAACAAGGCAUGUAUAGAGCCAUUGGAAGAGGAAAGGUGUAAGUUCGUUAGAUGGGUUGAUCACGUCAUAGUGUCGAACCAGCUUUUGGAUCAGAGGUCCAAUCUCGAGGAAUUCAAAGUGUAUUUCGAUCUAAAUCAAACUCAUAGAGAAAAGAUCGAUGAUUGGCUCACUUAUGCUUUCAGUAGGAAGGUUGAGAGGUUGGAGUUGAGGUUAACCUCUCUAGCAAGGGGUAUUGCUAGAUUUUACCCCGAUUCUCAUUUGUGUUACGAGUUUCCAUAUAAAAGGGGGAAUUUGCCGAAUAAUUUUGAGGUGCUUAAGAAGCUAUGUUUGCAUUUAGUGAGUGUGAGCGGUGAGGUUGUGCAGUUGUUUCUGGAGAAGUGCCCUCUGCUCGAACAAGUGUCGGUGUCUGGAUCCCAAGCACUUUUGUCUCUGGAGAUUGUUGCAACUUUUCCCUCGUUUAAAUGCCUUGAAAUAAGCUUGUGCCACUAUCUCAAAUCAGUCGUGCUUCGGGAUUCAAAUGUUGUCACUAUAAAGUACAGCGGCAAGAUAAUACCAUUUGUGCUGGUCAACGUGCCUCUCCUUACUAAACUUUGGAUCAAGGCAUUGCUUCUUGGUCCUAGUCGAUUGAAAGAUGUUGUUGGCAUGUUUUCGCCUGUGCUUCCACAGUUAGAGAUGUUGAAAAUAUAUCCAUCCCACAUCUAUUGGGAGGAAUCACAGGAGUUCGUUUCAGCUGUUGAGAUGUGUAACCUUAAGCAAUUGGUGGUGAACAUUGGGUAUUAUUACAGAGACACAGAUUCACUCUUAUCCUUUGUUAAUUUGAUAAAUGCGGCACCUUGCUUGGAGAGAUUUGUGGUGGAGGCUGUACAUCAAGAUAGCAAGAAAGACAAGUCGUUGGAUGGUGCUUGUGCUAGAAAUUAUACUCUGAGGCCGAGAGUCAAUGUUCACGUUAAGGAAGUAGAAUUUGUUGGUUAUCGUGGCGUGUUUAAUCAUUUAGAGUUGAUUAUGCACUUUGUGGAGAAGGAUGUUGCACUAAAAAAUAUAAUUAUUGAUCCACGGAGUUUCAAGUAUCAUCUGCAUCGGCAGUGGGAUCGCAUUUAUAGACACGAGGUUGAAGAUGGAGUAUUUGCAAUGGCUUAUGCAAAGGAGCAACUUAAAGAGCAUGUCCCUUCAAGAAUAAAUGUGAAGAUCCUUUAAUAUUUUUUUAUACUUUUAUUUGUUUUACUCUUGUCUUUAUUAUAUUUAUAUAGGCUUUGGUUCAUAUGAUUUUUUUUAAAGAUUGUGUUAUAAGAGUAUGUGAAGAUACUUUAAUAAUUUUUUAUACUUUUAUUUGUUUUA